AUGGCUGCUAACAUUCUCUCGCAGUACUCCGGCUUCCAGCACGACCCUAACGCGCCCAUACUCGAAGAGUUCCAACGACUCGCCGCUCUACGAGGCUGGAAAGCAGGGAGCAAGAGGUACAAAACAACGCUGCGGACUUGUCUUCAAGCAGAGUCUCGCGAAUUAUUCAGGAGCGAUGGCAGGCUUGAUGCGCUGCAGCAGCUAUGUCGAGACGUCGGUGUUCACCCAACGCCAGAGACAAUCACAAGCUGUCGAAAGGCGUUGCAAAAUGUCAAUGUCAACAUUAUCGAUCUCAUAGACUCGCGGCGCUGUGGCUCCGCAGUCGAAACCUUCCGGACGCGGGUCGCGUUGAGGAACUAUUCGAAGAUGCAAGGCAAAAUCUAUCCGAAGCAAUGGGCAAAAUCAGACGAUGCUAUUAGGAACUUGUUAAUUCGCAUGUGGUAA